AUGAAGAGGACAAGACAUAAGGCUCCUUACAAUGUCAUAUGCUACUCUGAUCCAAUGCGCUUGAAGACUGCCGAGGAGCUUUUGAAGACUACAAAGUAUAUUGAAUCAAAUGUGGAGAAGUUUCUGUAUGAGAAAUCUUCGAGCAAGGACAAGACUCUAAAGAUCUAUGAAGAUGGUUAUCACUGUAUUUUGGAAGGGGAACCUGAUGACAGAAUACUUACAGUUCUUAAUGAUAUUAUUUCGUGGCUUGACUCC